AUGAUGACUUUCUUCCAAUUAAUCAACUGGUCUUGGAUAUUAUUUAAUAAAAAUGGUAAGAAGAAGACGACGACGAUUUUCUGGAUUUCGUCAAUUUUACACCGUUCUUCAGAGUCUUUUCAGUCAAAAAAUGACAGUUAUAUUACCCAUUCAAACAGCCACUAUUACAAAAUUCGACAAACUAUAUUAAUGGAAAAAUGUUUGCGCGUACAUUUUCAUAAAAAGUUAUUUAUAAAAGAUAAUACUCUAUGGAUAAUGCAGGAUAAUCUGUUCUUGCAGCUUAGUAUGUUUAGUGUGAAAGGAAGAGCUCAAUGA